AUGGCAGCGGUAUCGCACAAAGCCAGAUCUUUGGGCAUUGUUUUUGCCCACGGGGGCUUCCACCUCCCCGCUUGUUUUGACCUCGCCAAAGCUCGGCUCGAGAAGGCUGGGUUUUCUCCGGUUGUUGCUGUUCGCCAUCCCAGUGUGGGAACCGAUCCCAAAAUCACCGUUGACGACGAUGCCCGGAACAUCCAAGCCGAAAUUGCCCCCUACCUGGAACAGGGCAAAGAGUUCCUUGCGUUGGCGCAUUCAUAUGGCGGAAGCCCCUUGACCAUCGCAGCCAAAGGCUACUCAGUCAAGGAAAGAGCAGCACAGGGUCUCAAGGGCGGCAUCCGAGCCAUCGUUUUUGUUACAGCCAACAUGCCCCCUAAGGCUGGCGCCAGUGCACUGAGCGUGCUGCCCCCUGGCUUGGAUAUUGUCGAUAUUGCUGAUGGCCUGGUAAUGGCAAACGCCAAGGCCAAGGCCGCGUUCUACGGCCCUGACAUGGACGACAAGCUGGCCGAUGAGUGCAUGGCGACAUUGCUGCCGCAGUCACAAGAGGCUCUCUUGGGUCCGGCGUCUGUCGGUUCGGAGGAGCUAACGGUUCCCGUUUACUACAUCCUUUGCGAGAAAGACCAGACAAUAUCUCCAGCCACACAAGAGCAAAUCAUCUCGACAAUUCCGACGCUUAAGAGAGUUCUGAGAAAUCCUGGGGGGCAUUCGGCCUUUAUUACUGAGGUGGAAAAGUUCGUUGAGCAAAUCAAUGAGAUUGCGGAUGAGGUGGAGAGAGAUCUCUAA